AUGGGGCCUUUGGAGUGUACUGACUCUCAGAGGGUCACCUUAGCUGUAUACCUGCUCGAGGGAGAGGCCGAGAACUGGUGGAGCAGCAUGCAGAGAGGGGUGCCAGCUGGUUAUGCAUGGACUUGGGCCGGCUUUAGGGUAAAGUUCCUGGAGAAGUAUUUCCCACGUUCAUGCCGAAGCGCGAAGAUCGCACAGUUCCUGAAGUUGGAACAGGGAAAUAUGACGGUCGCCCAGUACGAGGCGAAGUUCGAGGAGCUAUCACAAUACAUGCCGAAGGCCCUCAAGGAUGAGGAAAACAAACUGGAGAAGUUCAAGGAAGGACUGAAGCCCGGGAUACAGUCUCGUCUAUGCACCUGGGAUUUCGGAGGCUUCCCGGAAUUGGUAGAUAAAGCAAUGAGGGUAGAAAAAGACUUUGAGUGCACCAUCUGCUCCUUCCUACCAACUCGGGAUGCCCCAUUCAUACCGAGACAGCCUCCUCCUGCCCUACCUGUCCCUGCAGGAAGACCUAGACCACUGGUCGCACGAGCACCGCCUUUUCCCCCUGGCGGAGGCUGUGGUUACUGUGGAAAGGUGAACCAUACCACCCAGGCUUACUUCCAGUGA